GGGUAUUGGGUUUAACCGUCCUUCCCAUAUAAUCUUUUUGUUGUGUCUUUUGCUUCAGGGUUGUCAGCGUAUCGUAGAGGACUGGCAAAGGAUCCUCAUGGUCAGAUCGCUGGUCAUCAGCCCCCACGAGGACAUGAGGACUUGGUUGAAGUACGCCAGCCUCUGUGGCAGGAGCGGACGCCUGGCCCUGGCACAUAAGACCCUGGUGCUCCUCCUGGGUGUCGACCCCUCCAAACAACUCGAUCACCCCCUGCCCACUGCCCACCCCCACGUCACCUACGCUUAUAUGAAGUACAUGUGGAAGAGCGCCCGCAAGAUUGAUGCCUUCCAGCACAUGCAGCACUUUGUGCAAGGGAUGCAGCAGCAAGCCCAGCACGCCAUCGCAGCCGAGGACCAACAGCACAAGCAGGAGCUCCACAAACUCAUGGCCAGAUGUUUCUUGAAGCUCGGGGAGUGGCAGCUCAGUCUGCAGGGCAUCAACGAGAGCACCAUCCCCAAAGUGCUGCAGUAUUACAGCCAUUCCACUGAGCAUGACCGCAGCUGGUACAAGGCCUGGCAUGCCUGGGCGGUGAUGAACUUUGAGGCAGUGCUGCACUACAAACACCAGAACGCAGGACGGGACGACAAGAAGAAGAAGCGACACGCGAGCGGCGGCAGCGCAAACAGCGAGGCCAGCAACAGUGACAGUGAGGCGGACAGCACCGAACACAGUCCUGUGCCCUCGCCCGGACAGAAAAAAGCCAGCGAGGACCUAUCGAAGACGUUGCUCCUCUACACAGUUCCUGCUGUUCAAGGUUUCUUCCGCUCAAUUUCCCUGUCCAGAGGCAAUAACCUGCAGGACACACUCAGGGUUCUGACUCUGUGGUUUGACUAUGGUCAUUGGCCUGAAGUGAGUGAAGGCCUGGUGGAGGGAAUCAAGACCAUUCAAAUCGAUACAUGGCUACAGGUGAUCCCUCAGCUCAUAGCUCGAAUCGACACUCCCCGAGCUCUGGUGGGCCGACUCAUCCACCAGCUGCUGACAGAUAUCGGGCGCUAUCAUCCACAAGCUUUGAUCUACCCGCUCACUGUGGCCUCCAAGUCCACAACCACCGCCCGACACAAUGCUGCUAACAAGAUCCUGAAGAACAUGUGUGAACACUGCAACACGCUGGUGCAGCAGGCCAUCUUGGUGAGUGAGGAGCUCAUCAGAGUGGCCAUCCUGUGGCACGAGAUGUGGCACGAGGGCCUUGAGGAGGCGUCGCGCCUUUAUUUCGGCGAGCGCAACGUCAAGGGCAUGUUUGCCGUGCUGGAGCCUCUGCAUGCCAUGAUGGAGCGAGGACCGCAGACCCUCAAGGAGACGUCUUUUAAUCAGGCUUACGGCAGGGACCUGAUGGAGGCUCAGGACUGGUGCAGGAAGUACAUGCGCUCUGGAAACGUCAAAGAUCUGACCCAGGCCUGGGACCUCUACUACCACGUGUUCAGACGCAUCUCCAAGCAGCUGCCACAGCUGACCUCUCUGGAGCUACAAUAUGUGUCUCCAAAGCUGCUGAUGUGCCGGGACUUGGAGCUGGCCGUGCCAGGCACUUAUGACCCCAACCAGCCCAUCAUCCGCAUCCAGUCCAUCGCCGCAUCCCUGCAGGUCAUCACCUCCAAGCAGCGCCCACGCAAACUCACCAUCAUGGGCAGCAAUGGCAACGAGUUCAUGUUCCUGUUGAAGGGCCACGAGGACCUGAGGCAGGACGAGAGGGUCAUGCAGCUGUUUGGUCUGGUCAACACGCUGCUGGCCAACGACCCCGCGUCCUUGCGCAAGAACCUCAGCAUCCAGCGCUACGCAGUGAUCCCCCUCUCCACUAACUCAGGCCUGAUCGGCUGGGUGCCCCACUGUGACACCCUGCACGCCCUCAUCAGAGACUACAGAGAGAAGAAAAAGAUUCUGCUUAACAUUGAACACCGCAUCAUGCUCAGGAUGGCCCCAGACUACGACCACCUGACGCUGAUGGAGAAGGUGGAGGUGUUCGAGCACGCCGUCAACAACACGGCGGGAGACGACCUGGCCAAGCUGCUGUGGCUGAAGAGCCCCAGCUCCGAGGUGUGGUUUGACAGAAGGACCAACUACACCCGCUCCCUGGCUGUGAUGUCAAUGGUCGGCUACAUCCUGGGACUGGGUGACAGGCAUCCAUCCAAUUUGAUGUUGGACCGGUUAAGCGGCAAGAUCCUCCACAUUGACUUUGGAGACUGUUUUGAGGUCGCCAUGACCAGAGAGAAAUUCCCUGAGAAGAUUCCCUUCAGACUGACGAGGAUGCUGACCAACGCCAUGGAGGUGACAGGCUUGGACGGUAACUACCGGAUCACCUGCCACACGGUGAUGGAGGUGCUGAGGGAGCACCGGGACAGCGUCAUGGCCGUGCUGGAGGCCUUCGUCUACGACCCGCUGCUCAACUGGAGGCUCAUGGACACAAACACCAAAGGCAACAAGCGUUCCCGCACCAGGACUGACUCGUACACCGCGGGGUCAGUGGAGACUCUGGAGGGAAUAGACCUCGGAGAGACGGUGCACAAGAAACCAGGGACCACGGUGCCAGAAUCCAUCCACUCCUUCAUCGGAGAUGGCAUGGUACAACCUGAGGCUCUCAACAAGAAAGCCAUUCAGAUUAUCAACAGAGUGAGAGACAAGCUCACAGGUCGAGACUUCUCUCACGAUGAGACGCUGGACGUGCCGACGCAGGUGGAGCUCCUGAUCAAGCAGGCCACAUCUCACGAAAACCUGUGCCAGUGCUACAUCGGAUGGUGUCCAUUUUGGUGAAGAACUGUCUCCGGUGGACAAGGUUACACCUGACAUUUUACUCUCACUGGUAAACAAAGAAGAAGCACUCGACUCAAAUGGAUAUCCACUUGAAAAAGCCACGGUGCAAAGCCUUUGAGAAAUAUGUUUUUUUUCUUGUAGAAUAAUCCCACUUUCUGUCACAUAUUUAAGGUUAUAAGAAAGAAUCUUAUGAGCUAAGUUCUAACCUGAUAAUCAUAAUUUAACUAAAAUGACGUUCCUCGCUUUCAACAUCAUAAUAAAAGCUUUAUACGGUGGCCAUAUUGUAAUAAGUUAUGACAUUUCUUAUAUCACUCGCUGUAUUAAAAACCCUCCAGUCCGUUGUGUCAUUGUGUAUUGCAAUACAGAAGUUGAUUUGAGAUGAUCACAAUGUACUGUAUGGCCAUUUGUGUGCCAUUAAACCCUGUACAGAUACCACUGUGGCUGCACUGUGUUCAUUUGAAAGCUUUGGGUGCCUUUUAUCAGUUACAAAUGGAAAGAAAAGUAUAUUUUCAAUACAAGGAAAUACUUUGAGAGAGAAUGCAGUCGUCAGGCCAGAGAGGAAGAGAUGAAAGUAGAUUCUCAUCUUAAACAAGAACGGCAAAACUGAAAUGCUUAAAAUGUAAACAUUUGCUGGCAAACUGAGUGAGAUUUCAGGACAUCAGCUUGCAGUGUAGUUAUCCUCUUCUAGAGCACAGGUAGUCAUUCCCAUGCAGUCCCUUAAAGAAAUAAAACCGAAUCAGAUGCAGCAAAUUGCAGAGGCAGCAGACUACUAUUAAUUUGCUUUCCUGUGCUGUUAUCUGGUCGAUGCGAGCUAGCCUCUGUUUUUACUUGUGCUCAUUGCUAUUCCCGCUCUCAUUUCUCCCUUUAUUUCUUUCCCCUGCAUUCUCCUCUGAAGGUUAAUUACUUAUAGAUAGUUAAGGAUUACGGAUCAACGAAAAGCAGCCCAUUGAUCUCUUCCCUGCCCUGCUCACCUCUGCAAUGUCACACUCUUUACACAUCGGGACAAAGGCCUGGUGAUUAUCUGUUCAUAUCGAUCCAUUCCUCCUGUGGUUUCCCUCGUUUUCUCCCUCGCCUUCACUUUUCUCCUCUCUUGCCAACAGAAGCUCAUUAUUGAAAAUGCGACUUUUCAUAGCCGGAGCCACCGUGUCUGUUGUUCUUUCUCGCCCGUCUAAUUUGUUUGUAUUUUUUCUUUCUCUCACGUCUGUUGAGCGGCAGGCGAGUCAAUAGCUGGAGUUAAAUAGGCUGCACUGAUUGUGAGAGGGAUUUAGCUGUUUACCAACUGUGGAAAUGGGCCUGGGCUGCGGAAAAGAACAGCACGGGUGUCUGCAUGGAGCGAGUCAAUAUUGACAAAUGAUACUCAUAGGGAGACAAUGCCCCUAAACGAGGGAAGGUGAAGGGCUUGGCGGCAGGUGGUGCGGAUGCAGCGAGCCGUGCUCCAUCAGCUUUUGAAGUUGUCACAUGAGGCCGUCCAGAUCUGGCACCUUGAGCCGAGACAUGAGGAAUGAUGGGAAACAGCGACACAAGUAUUUCACUCCUCCGGGACCCAGGCGCGCUCCUCUCUCCUGUUAGUGUUUCCGCCGUCCUAGCUUGUCUUACUGCACAAGAGCUCCCCUCGGGAUGUUAUUCCACUUCUCUGCACCGUCUUAAGCUUCUCAAGACCUCCAGAGGUUCCAUAAGUGCUUCGUCAGGCUCUCGCCAUGUCUGGAGUGUAUUCACACAAAGUAAAGCGCACACUCAGGAUUUAUUCUGCUAAAAGCUUCUAAUUAGGCCUACUUUUAAUUUCUCAUCAUUAAAGGAAUACUUAACUUUCAUAAAUGAUCAUUCGUAUAUCAAUUAGUCAACCUGUGUUACCUUGAAUUCUUCAAGAAUACUCCCUUUUCCUCCCGUGAAUCCAUUAUGAAAAAAAGAAACAAAUUAAUAAUGCCGAUCCGUAAGAGCACAGACAAGUGAGGUUUAAAUGAAAAUGCGUGUUUGGGAAGUAGUGAGCACAAGACUUAAUAAAUGAGGAAUAUAUUAUACUUCAUGAAAUGUUUAAAAGUUUGUAAACUGUAUAACACACUUCAGGUGUUAUAAAAUGUGGCCCAUUAACGUGUUCGUUUUUUUUAACAAAAGACGAGUAAUUUAUGAACCAAUUGUAAUUUCGUGGAUUAAUUAUACCAUUGCUCGUAAAUAAAGAACAAUUCAAAUUG